AUGGCUAAAUCAGAAGACGCUCCUGGAAGAAUGUCCAGUGAUAUUUCCAGUUCUAUAGAUGGAAGAGAGAAGGAAUCAGAGAUCGCCCGUGAUGAGACUGACUUGGGUAUCCCUGAGUGGACAGAAGAAGAAAAAGCUCGCCUUGACAAGAUCUACAGAAAGUUAGACUUUAGAAUUAUUCCUGCUUUAUGGUGUAUGUAUUUCCUUACUUCUUUCGGAUCUAGUGUCUAUGGUGUGACCUUGACGAUGAACACAGCAGAGGGUCAUUCUUUAGGUCAAAGGUUGGAACUCACUUCUCAUGAUACUUCAACGGCUUCUGCUUUGUACUAUGUUGGUUACAUUAUCUUUGACGUUCCUAUGAAUUUAAUCAUGACUAAGGUGUCUCCACAGUCAUGGUUGGCUAGAAUCGUCAUAACUGUCGGUGUUGUCUAUACAUGCUAUCAUGCUUUGGAAAAUGCAGCUGGUCUUAAGGCAGUCCGUUUCAUUUCAGGAAUGGUUGGUGCUGGUACUUGGCCUGGUCUUAGUUACUAUGUCUCCUUGUGGUAUCCAAACCAGAGACAGACUCGUCGUAUUGGGUACUACUAUACUGCCGCCCAGCUUUCUGCCGCUGCUGCUGGUCUUGUGAGUGCUGGUUUUCAAAAGAUGGAUGGUGUGAGAGGUUAUACCGGUUGGCAGUGGAUGUACUUGGUCUACGGAUGCAUCACUAUCACUGUCGGUAUCUCUUUGCUUUGGUGGCUCCCAGAUAGACCAACCUAUCAGCCUUCUGAAAGCAAUUCAAAGAUCAAGCGUGCGUACCAUAAGGUCUUCUAUUCACCUCCUCCACUCAAGGGUGAAGACAAGGCAAUGCACCUUAAGGAUAUUGAGCAUCGUUACAAGUUGGUCAAAUGGACUUGGAAGGAUGUUGUCCAGGUGAUGACAGAUUUACGUGUUUGGUUCAUUAUUUUAAUGUACUUCGGUGCCGUGGGAACUGGUUUCGGUUUGGCUGUGUUUGGAUCCACUAUCAUCGCCGCACUCAACCCUGAACUCUCGUCGAUUAAUGUCUCCCUUUUAUAUGCGCCAAUUUGGCUUUUUGAUCUUGGAGGUAUUUUGCUUAUUACGCCAUUUGCUGACAGGUUCAAGAACUACCGUGCAUUCUUUUUCAGUGGAGCAUGUAUCAUUGUCAUGGUUGGCUUAUUUGUUACAACUUUCGCUGAUGGCUUCUGGAACAGAUGGGCUGGUCUUUUAAUUUCUGGCUUUGGUUUGGGUCCUACAAUCCCUAUCUGCAUGUCGUGGUCUGCUGAAAUGUUCGGUCCACGUUAUGGCGAUGUCGGUAAUGCAGUCAGUGCAGCCAUUGUGUCUGGCUUGGGUAAUUUGGGUUCGGUCACUGCCACAUAUGCAUUAUACUCUGGUUGGCCCUCCGAUAAAGACCGUCUCUACAGAAACUCUAACAUGACUUUGGUGGGCAUGUUGGGUAUCAGUGUCGUUUCGGCACUUGUUUGCCAUAUCUUCAAGAACAAGAUAAGACAGAAAUAA